GCGGCUUCACAGCUGGCUGGCUGCACUCCAGAGUCCGCCGUUUAAUCACGGGAAGCCCCCGAGCCAUGGUGAAGUGAAGAUCAGAGUGGAGAGAAAAAAGCUGGACACCCGAGGCCAGCGUAGACUCAGGCGCCAUGCGCGGUUCGCUCGCCCUUUUGACGUUUCUCGCCCUCGCCCGCGCGGCGGCGAAGCCCAACUCGGGUCUAAGAACGUGGGGACGUUUCAGCAAACUGCCCUAUCCCGGUGACAAGGCGUUCCUCUACGAUACCUUCCCCAAGGAGUUCAUAUGGGCGGUGGGCACGGCGGCGUACCAGGUGGAGGGCGCGUUCGAGAAGGACGGCAAGGGGCUCUCCAUUUGGGACACUUUUACGCGCGGCGGGAACCGGAUGGCCACCGGGGACGUGGGCAGCGACAGCUACCACAACAUCCACGCCGACGUCCGAGCCAUCAGGCAGCUCGGGGUCAGCCACUACCGGUUCUCCCUGUCCUGGUCCAGGAUAUUCCCCAACGGCACCCGCGGGAGUUACAACGAAAUCGGCACCAACUACUACCGGACGCUCAUCAAGAGGCUGAAGGAGAUCCGCGUGCAGCCGGUGGUCACGCUCUACCACUGGGACCUGCCCGAUCACCUGCAGCAGACCCUCGGCGGCUGGAGCAACCCGGAGCUGGUGGGGAUUUUCAGGGACUACGCCGAUUUCUGCUUCCAGACCUUCGGGGAUCAUGUGAAGUACUGGAUCACCAUUGAUAACCCAUUUGUGGUGGCGCGGCACGGGUAUGGCACCGGGGUGGUCGCUCCCGGGAUAAAGAACGACCCCGAUCUCCCGUUCCGGGUCGGACACAAUCUGCUCAAAGCUCACGCGGCCGCAUGGCAUCUGUACAACCAGCACUACCGACCCCGUCAGCAGGGCAAGCUGUCCAUGGCGCUGGCCUCUCACUGGAUCAAGCCCAGUCGUACCCGCCUGGAAAGCCUGCGAGAGUGUCAGUGCUCCCUGGACCAUGUCCUGGGCUGGUUCGCACGGCCGCUGUUCACAGACGGCGACUACCCUCCCUGCAUGAAGGCCAGGCUAGGCUCACGGCUGCCCGCCUUUACACGGGAGGAGAGGGAGCAGGUCAGGGGAACGGCCGACUUCUUCGCCCUCUCUCACGGAGCGGCCCUGAGCUUCCAGCUCAUCAACGACAGCCUUAAGUUUGGGCAGCAGGAGGAUCUGGACCUGCGGAUGCUGCUCUACUGGGUCAACGCUGAGUAUGACAAGCCGCCCAUCUUUGUGGUGCAGAGCGGCUGGUAUGUCCUCGGGAAUACCAAGACAGAAGACCCAAAACACAUGUACUACCUGAAGAGGUUCAUCGCAGGGGCACUGAAAUCAAUCGUCAUCGAUGGAGUGAAUGUUAUCGGAUACACAGCCUGGUCUCUGAUCGAUGGCUUCGAGUGGCACAGAGAAUAUGGAAUACGACGGGGACUUUACUACGUUGACUUCAACACUCCCGACAUGAAGAGGGAGCCGAAGACAUCUGCCACCUUCUACAGGAACGUCAUCCAGAGGAAUGGUUUCCCGGAACUUCCAGAGAACAGACCGGCGCAGGGAGUAUUCCCGUGUGACUUCGCCUGGGGGGUAUCCGCCAACUCCAUACAGGUGGAGACCGCGCCCAACCAGUUUGCGGACCCCAGUGUCUACCUUUGGAAUAUCUCCAACAACGGAGCGCUGAUGAGGCUGGAGGGCUUCAGUGCGCCGCCUUUACGCCGAACCACACACUGUGCUGAUUACGCCACCGUCCGACAGCAGGUGGAUGAAAUCCGGCAGGUGGGGGUAAACCAUUUCCAUUUCUCGCUGAACUGGUCGGCUCUGGUGCCCACGGGUGACGUGGCUCAUCCUAACACUACUCUGCUGGGCUACUACCACUGCUUCACCCGUCAGCUGCUGCAGGCCAACGUCACGCCCGUGGUCACUCUGUGGCACCACACACGCCAGCGCAGCAGCCUGCCGGCCCCGCUGGACACCGCCAACAGAUGGCUGAACAGGGAGACUCCAGAGGCGUUCGCAGACUACGCCAGACUUUGUUACAGAGAACUGGGUGCGCAUGUGAAGAUGUGGAUCACCCUGAAUGAGCCCAACGAUGAGGUGGUGAGCUACCAAGAGGGCCAUCAGAUGCUGCGGGCGCACGCUCUGGCCUGGCACGCUUAUGACCGUGAGUUUAGACAUAUACAGGGAGGACAGGUGUCUCUGGCUUUGCACAUGGACUGGGUGGAACCAGCCUUUUCGUUCAGCCGUGAAGACGUGGAACCGGCUAAGAGGGUUUUAGACUUCCGCGUUGGCUGGUUUGCAGAGCCGAUCUUUGGCAGCGGGGACUAUCCUCUCGGAAUGAGGAGCUGGCUGCGACAGCUCAACUCACUUGACCUGCCAGUCUUCAAUGAGGAUGACAGACAGCUGGUUAAAGGGACGUAUGACUUCUUUGCCAUUAGUCACUUCAGCACCAAGUUGGUGACGCAUGCCAAGGAAGACUCAUACACCUACACGGCAAUGCUGGAGGUCCAACACAUGAUCGACACCACGUGGAUCAUGUCCCCGAGGCCUGUUGUCCCCUGGGGUCUGAGGAAAGCCCUCAACUGGGUGAAGGAGCACUACUGUGACGUACCUGUCUAUGUGAUGGCCAAUGGGGUCCAGGAGGACCCGGCCCGCUUCAAAGACAGCCUAAGAGUCUACUACCUGUACAACUACAUAAAUGAGGCGCUGAAAGCGUACACUCUGGACGGUGUAAACCUGAAGGGUUACUUUGCUUACGCCCUGAGCGACCAAAGGGACCCCGGGUUUGGCUUGUACGGCCAAGUCCACGAAGAGGUCAUCAUCAAGGCCUCCCUCUCCAACUACCGCAACAUCAUCCAGCACAACGGCUUCCCCAUCCAGGGAGCUGCGCCCCAGCAGUGCCCCAGCUUCCCACAACCCUGCCUGGGGUGCCAUGUGCUGGUAAAGAGGCCUGUGGUGGGCUUCCUGACUCUUGUGGGUUCAGGGGUGCUGAUCACCCUGGGCUUCAUCAUCUACUACACAGCCAAGAGACACAAGGAGUGUUACUGAUGAUUGUGACUAUAGGAUUUGUUUAGUGUCUUUUUUUUUUUAAAUGACUCAAGAAAUUGAGCUUAUUCAGCAGCAUGGAGUUCAUGUCAACUUUUAGUUAUAGUACUUCUUUUGACUUAAUCUUAUAUGGAGGUCUGAAUAAGUACUAGGUGGCGAAAUCAUCCUCACAUUGUAGGUGUCACAGCUUGUAUUAAAUGUUAUGUAAUGUUGGUGUAAAUUUGUUACAAAACCUGCCAGGUACCCGAUGAACCCAUAAAUGUCAGAAGAUUGAUUUUUUUUUUUAGAUAAACUCUUAAAGACUCGACUGCAUCUCCAGUUGUUUUUAGAAUAUUGUGGAAUGACUAGCAACUUUAAAAUGACUUUAUAAAUGACUUAAUGUCCAGGCUUAAUCCUUCUUCCACCCCAGCUCUAAGACAAAAUUAGGUAAAUACUACAAGAAAAGGGACUAUGAAGUACAGUGAAUCACAAAGGAAACUCUGAUGAAUUCAAUUUUAAGUUUGCUGUAUGUGACAGGAUCAAGAUGUCUGGCAGUCAAUAACACACCUAACCAAGCUGUCAAAGUCCACUUCUAAAUAGUCAAAGUUCAGCUACAAUGCACCAGUCACCUAAACAUUUAAUAUAAUGAGAAAAACAUGUAACAAAUGAGCAGUUAAGUUUUGAAAUCUUGAUAACAGCUGCACAUUAUCAGUUCCAGAUGAUGGUGUAAUUCACAGAAAAGGACUUUUCAAAACUGCUUUAUUUGAGAGGUUGUGCUGUUAAAAUCAAGCGUCACCCAUUGGGGGUGUCCAUUUUUGAGACCCUUUGCACUCCACCAUGCUGCCAAGGGGUCAUUUUCCCACAGAAUCAAAGGACGUUAUCCAGAGGAAGAAACCUCUGGUGAUGGUACAUUUUACGGCUAAAAUCCUGUUUGUACCUGCCU